AAAAAAGGCCGGGUAUUGAGUGUAGGGGCUUGGUUUGAGCGUGCCGCAUGGUCAGAGAGCCCGAUUCCCAUGCCCGGAUGCAAAGCCCAUCCCACUCGCGGAGCCCGAAGCUUGCGAAGUCGCGGGCGCAUGGGCGCUGCGGGGACCUAUGCUCAAGCAUGUUUCUCUACUGUUUCAAGCUUGGCUGCCCGCCGGAUCCCAUCGUAUUGAGGGAGCUUGCCCAAGACGCGGCGCUGUCUUUGGACCUCCGCCUGGCCAAGACUUUGAUCUCGGCAGUCUGUGCGACCCUGCGAGGGCAACCUCCAGGAAUCCGGCAGAUCAUCCUGCGCGAUGGCAUGCAUUGCUUCGGGCAUGAUGCUGCGUACCGAAAGCAGGCGGCAGCAGCAGCGAAGACCCAGGGCAGCGCGCUCCAUACGGCACCGUUGCGCUUGCUGAUGACGGCCCUUGCGGUGUUCCUGACGGCCCAGGGUCAUCGCGUGGAGGUGCUUGACUUGGCCGGGCUGCCCUUGGGCAAAGAGCUCACCUCCCUGCUGGGGCCCAUAGCCGCGACCUUGGGGCAGUGCAGGGCGCGCAACCUGCAGUGGUUGAACCUCUCCGGGUGUGGCGUGGGCGACCGCGGCCUGGCGCUGCUACUGCCGUGGCUCUGCAGCGCGCCGCAGCUCAGCGCGCUGCUGCUGGCGCAGAACCGGCUGUCAGACACCAGGCUUCUGGAUCGCUUUUUGCGAGCCAGGGGGCAAUUGUGCGGUUCGCAUGGGGCGGCGCCAUUGCAGCUCCUGGAUUUAUCUCAGAACCACCUGUUGGUCACCAGACACGCGGAGUACGGAGCUUUGGGCGCGUCGGGAGUUCCGGCAAAAGCUGAGCGCACUGGUGUCUUGGUGCAGCUGAUAUCCCGCGCACUUGCAGCUGGCUUGCCUCUGGAAGUGCUGCGAUUGCAACAUUUGCAAUUGAAAGAUAGCGACCUGAUCCCGCUGCUGAGGUUUCUCCACGCCGAAGCUGGCAAAGUUCCCAGCGGCAACGGUAUUUGGACCCUGCGGCACAUCGAGCUCUCCGGGAAUUCGGUGUCCAGCCAAGUGCAGCAGGACAUCUCCGACGCCAUUGCCCUGCUGCAGUUCCUGCAUUCGCAGGAGCGGCCGAGCCUCGGCUCGCGCAAGCGCGAGCCCGAGCAAGCGCCUGCCUUGCAAAAGGCGUGCUCGGAGCCUUGUGAGUCUCCAGAUCGCGCGCACGAUGUCGUCGAUACCUUGAGCGAUAGUGAGUGCACAAGAGACCCAAGAGGAUCGCGAGGGUCGGUGCUGAACCGAAGGCAGGACGUCCAAAGCUUCAAGCUUGAUGCUGCUUGUUUGCAGGAAGCAAAGAGGUGCACGGCACAACUGGAGCACACCUUCGUGGAUGAAGUUACAGCGCCAACGUCCACAGCUCAUUCUCUUGGGGUGAGGCAAGUCUUGCUGGAUUUGUUGCAAGGCAACAACGACUGGGCAAGAGCCAAGGCGGAAGCUAACUUCACCAGUACGGAUAGUCCAGAGUUUAUGGAUGACAGCAUCCGGGCCAGCCACACCACCGGCUUGUCCGAUGCUUUCUUCCUGGACUUGCCGGCUCUGCCGUCGCCGGAGCCGCCGGAGCCGCCGGAGCCGAGCGCGUCAGAGGCGGAGACGCCCAAAGGCCCGGAGUUUGGGGCUUUGGAUGAGCUUGGCGCCAGGCUGGGAUCUGCUUCUCAGCUCCCGCUGGAAACUUGGCCAACUGGACCUUUGCAAGACAUGCACAGGGAAGCCAUCAACGACCUUUGUGGCCGGAGGUUGAAUUGGCUUGAGA